AUGAUUGGUUACCACCAGCUUUUCGCGUUUCUGAGCUUGCUCCAGUCUUUGGAAGGGGCUGUGUUGUUUAAGCGGAAACCGGUGCAAUACCUGCCCAAACCGACAAUUGAUGAUGAUAACUCCGAGGUUUGGGUUAUCCCGGAAACCAAUGAAGUGUUUACCAAUUAUGAACACUUCCUGCAGCGAAUGAAUUUUUAUAAACAGAGGCGAUUUAUUUGCGAAAUCACCGGCCACUCCUCCCUGACGUUCUUCGAGGCCUUGACGAGCGAGACCGAAGGAUCAAGAGAAGUCAACAGUGCAUUUCCGGAGUCCCUAAAAGAACCAGUUUUGCGCAGGGUUCAAUUCUCUACCAUCUCACGGAUAGACAGUCUUGUGGACCAAGUAUUCGAGGACUUUAAGCAAGAUUUCUACCCCGGGGAGCGAGUAACAGUACUCCUGUCUAAUGGAUCGCGAAUACACGGCGUAGUCAGGGAGAAGGCAAAGUUUCCAGAAGUCCUACAUGAAGGCAGGGUCGAACGUCGUGCAUGUUCCCGCUACCUUGUUAAACUUACGCAUCGCAAUAAUGAGGAGGCUCUCGUGGACGACGAACACCUCGUCCGUGAUCGGAAGGUAUUCACGAAACAGAUGCUACGCUCCUUCAUCAAGAAUACAGUCACGCGAGAAUCAUGGAGCGGUGCUCCUUGGCUAGUUAAGCCCCAAAUCGCAGAGCAUUUCCACAUUGACACCGAAGUACCCAAACAUCUGCAAUAUGGGAACAAAGCUGGCAAGAAAGCCAAUGUGUCAGCGGAAAAGGAAGAAGAUGAAGCCAUGUUUGGUUUCUUUGCCUCCCAGAGCCGGCCGAUAAAUUCUAGGUCUGGCAAUAAGGGUCAAAAGACAAAGUCCGCCCAUGAACUCGCCAAGGCUAAGGAAGAACAGUACCUAGCCUACCGACGAGCUCUGAAUGGGAAUCCAUCCUUUAGGGUGGAUAAAAAGGGCUAUGCGAAAGAUACCCUUCCACCUCCUGAUCCGCAUGAGAAUUCCUUCCAUGACCUCACUGUUGUUAUCAAACAGAAAUCUCCGACACCAUUACCACCACCGAUUAAAUAUCCCAUUGAGGAUCUAGACUUGGCCCCCGCUACUGACUGUCAACCGCGACCCCCGUUGAAAUUCUUACACAAAGACGAAGCCCAUGAAGAAGGCUCGAGCAUAAAUAUGAACUCAAUUGGUUCCUUACUGGAAACCUGGAACACUUUGAACGUGUAUUGCGAAGUUUUUCAGCUUGACUCGUUUACCUUUGAUGAUUUUGUGGAAGCAAUACAAUUCUCCUCGGACGACGUGGACUGUGAGCUAUUGGUAGAGAUACACUGUGCUGUGUUGAAAACGUUGGUCAAUGCAGAAUCAGACCAAGACGGGGCAAUUCAAGUUACUCUCCCCCCUCUGCCUGAAGAGGAAUCAGAAGAGGAGGAAGAAGAAGACGAACCGGAGCCUGAGCCUGAGCCUGAGCCCCCAAGACGAACCACCAGGAGUAGCUUUGCAAAAGCGCAGGCGGAGCUUGCUGAAAUGGAAGAACAGAAACCCGCUGAUGAUGGAGCUACGGAAAUCAAGAAACACCGUGCGGCUGACAUGUUUGUGGAAUAUGACUGGAUUGAUCGUUUGCGAAAACGUGAUUUUAAGAAUGGCGGCUGGGAAAUAAUCCUUGUUGGUCUGCUGAACCGGUUAUCUUUGAAGCCCAGGCUGCAUGAGACUUGCGAAGAGAUUUUAAUUCAUAUGGCGCCCUUGGAUGCGGAACCAACUCAGGAAACUGCUCGAGCACAAUAUGCUACUCUCGAUGUUAAUCUCCGGAUUCAAGUGCUGCAGAUCAUCUGUAUGCUGACCGUUGAAACAAGGGCAGUAAAGAACUAUAUGGAGGAGUGCAGUAACCAAAUGACAGAAUUCCGCAAGGAGAAGAUUGAACUCCAACGUGCACGGAAGGUUGUUCUCGAAGAAAUUCGACUUCUCCAUGAAGAGAGAAAGCAGCUCGAACCUGAACAGCGGGAUACUCCCACUCAACAAGACGAAGAAAUGUUGGAUGCUCAAAUUGAUGCUACGGAUGACACCGAGAGCGCAACUGAUUCAGACGAACCAUCUGGUCCCUCGCUCAGGGGCGGAGUAGACCGAGCCCUGGAGCGUAAGCGGAGACAGGAAGCCGAGAAAGAAAGAAAGGAGCAAGCAACCAAGCAACCUAAAGGCUCGAAACAAUACCAACGAGUAAUGAAAAAGAUAGAAGAAGAAAAGAGCAAGGUUGCAUCGAUCGAAAGCGAGAUCGCCGUUCUGGACAACGACUUGCGGGAGGCAGAUUGCCCACGAACAAGGGUCUUGGGCAAAGAUCGCUUCUGGAAUCGUUAUUAUUGGUUUGAGCGGAACGGCAUGCCUUAUGAAGGCCUGCCUGACAGCUCCACAGCUGCCGCAAGCUACGCUAACGGCCGUCUUUGGGUACAAGGCCCUGACGAAAUGGAGCGAGAGGGCUUCAUUGAUGUUCCAGAAGAAGUGAGCCAAGAAUACAUGCAACGUUUUGGAACCACCGUAGCGAAACGCAAACGCGCUGAAGAAGGAUCCCCUGGCGUUUCUUCUGCCCAGGAAUGGGGCUACUAUGACACCCCAGAAGACCUGGACAAAUUGAUGGAAUGGCUUGAUACCCGUGGCGUGAGAGAGUUGAAACUUCACAAAGAGCUAAAACUUCAGCGCAACAAUAUCGCCAAAUACAUGGAGAACCGAGCAACCUACCUCGCAGAGAAUAGCACCCCGGCGGAAGAGUCCAAGGAACAGCCAGCGAUGCGCAUGUCAACGCGAACCAAGGGGCAGCCCACUGAUCAAAAACAUGGCUGCCUCAAAUGGCGAAACCUUACAGCUUUGAAGGAAUGCGGUCAUUUACAUGUCGAAUCUGAACGGCCGUCGAAACGAGCUAAGAAAGCCGCAGCCACAGAAUCUGCAAAGGAAACCAGAAUGACUAAUCGCCAGGGCAAGCCACUUGGUCGACAGGGAACGAAAUAG